AUGAAUGUCAAAAUCAACAAUGUAACGGUUUCGGACAACUCCAGUGAACUCAUUCGAAAGGUUGCCUACAUUGGAGGCAAACAAGUCAAAGUGCUGAUCGACAGCGGUGCCGAUCACAACAUCAUUCGACCGCAUUUGGGUCAGAACCUCUAUCAGAGGAGGACAGUGCGUGCGAUGAGAUUCGAUGGAAGCUCGACCAAAAAGAAGAGCACAAACAUCUUCAAAGACAAGAUCAAGAUGGAAGGACAAGUCUACAAAGACGUGGUAUUGACAGAGUCGGAACUGACAGAGCAACAAUACAUUAUUCUCGGAAAGCCUUGGCUUGUCCAGUACAUUCCAAGAAUCGAUUAG